UAAGACGCAUGAAAAAGAAAAGACUCGCGUUUUACAGCAAGUACUAGAAACUUCAGAACCAGCCAGCUUUUUCAGUUCAUUUUGCAAUUGCACCACCGCCACCACUACAUUCCAUCUCUUUCGGUCAAAUAGGCAAAUUCUAAAGGAAAUAGACCCACCCAACCGAACUCAUUCAAAUCUCCCUUCUCUCUAUUUAGUCAUCAACCUCAGGGCAUUCAAUUCCUGUCAUGCAAGAUUCAAACUCUCACCAAAUCUUCUCUUACAUUUCAACCCUUUCUGUUUCUUGUUCCUAAGACUUCCAGUUGAGAGGAAGAAUAUGGAGGGUGAUAACAGAAUAGUUGAAGUUGAAGUUGAAGCAGCCACCCGAAUUCACAAGUCUUAUCAGUUCAUGAAGAAGACGCUUCAGUUUCUAGUCCUAGUUUCCUUCUUUUCUUGCUUGUACUCCUACUUCUCAGGUUUCCCGUUCUUCUUCUCCUACAAUCUUCAGUUUUCGACUUUGGUUUUCCCAUUGCUUGCUCAGGCUCUGGAUAGGAAGUACAUGUUCCUCAUUUGUAAUGGGAUCCUCGCGGUUCUUGCCAAGAACUUGAGACUUAGCUCCUCCAGUUUGAACAUGAAGAGCGCUGAAGAUAGUGUGAAGGAAAUCACUCAACUGCCUCUUCCUAUUAAAGAAGAGACAACAGUUGAAGAAAAUGUAGCAUCCAUGGAAUGUGCUGCUACUCGACAUCAUGUCGCGGUUGCUGAUGAAAAACAAUCGGAGCAAGAACAUGAAUACCAUUAUGGAGAUUUCCGUAAAGAUGGCAUUAUUUUAGAGAGUGAAGGGUGGGAAGAAGAAGAAGAGGACGAAGAUGGACUUGAAGAAAGUAGAGUUGCGGAGGGUACAUCAGCGACGGAACAGGUAAUUGAUGCUAGUGUGAGCACGGAAGAGUUGAACAAGAAGUUUGAAGAGUUUAUCAGGAAGAUGAAGGAAGAAAUUAGGGUUGAAGCCCAGCAACAACUCAUUACAGUGUAAAACCAGAGGACAUAAAUAUGUCUCCAAGAGUUCAUGUCUUGUUUUUGGGCAUUAAAGAACUCUGUCCUCCCUGUGCAUGUGCAUCCAUAAGAAAAUUCAGCUACCUGUACAAUAUAAUCUGUUACCCUUUCUAGUUAAUUAAUAAUGCUUUUUCUUUCUGCUUGAAUUCUUGAGUUUGCACUGCUU